UAUCCAAAAAAAAAAAAAUUUAUAAACAAAUUCCUAAACAAAAUGAAUUAUAAUAUAAUUAAAAUCCAAACGAGGACGUUGAGCUCGUUUGCUGCCUCAAUCACGAGACCGCACAGGCUAACCUACGCCAGAACUUACCCUACAUUAAUGGUCCAGCCUGAUGGUUCCACUUUUACCAUUCGAUAUCCCGAGCCAAGAAAAAUUAUCAAGCUCCCUUUGAACAUUUGGACUUUAACUGAAGCACAAAGAAAAGCCAGACUAGAACAGCGAAAACCCAAAAAGAAGGUGGUAAUUGAAGAUGAUCUGGAAGACUCUUUCGACUCUUCAAAUUAUUUGAAAUAUUUAAAAAAGAAGUAAACCCUUGCGUAGCUAGUAUUAUAAAAAUAUAUAUUACAACUGUAUAAUAAAUAAACAUUAAAAAAUAUAAACACAACCAAUUAUUAUUUACAAGUCGGUUCUCGGGCCUAAACUUAAAGGAAUCGCGGCAAGUUCUGUCCUCAAACAAAAAAACUCGGCACAAACGCACAUGAUGGUCGCGCAAGCAACAUUUAAAAUCCACCAGGAAAAUGUUGUUGGAAACUGGCUGUUGUAGUACCAGCAAACCACCAAAUGGAUGACAUGCCAAGUACAACUAAAGUCCAUGCAUUGCUUGGUACGUUCCACGAUGUACCACAUUACAAUCGAACCGAUUAGGGCAUUGAUAACGAAUGCCGAAAUCACUAUUCUGCCUCCUAUAUCUCUAACUUGAAUUUCCUAAAUAACAUUUAAAAUAUCUAUAUUAGCUGUGAAUAAAUAGUUGUCAGUGUUCUUACGUGAUAUUCAAAUAUAUGAUCUAAAGUCCUGGUAUCGCCGACGAGGGCCCCCAAAAUUACCAACAAAAUUCCCAAAGUAAAGUAUAAAAUGCACUGUAUUGAUACAAUUUGAGACAGGAUCAGCCAAGGGUCCCACUGGGUGUAGCGAAACGAACCCGUCAGCUUUUUCAUUUUUAUUUUAUUUCGAAUUUUUCAAUAAUAAUUAUUGCUUAACUUAAAAAAUGUAAAAUUAAUAAAAAAAAGUUUAUAUUAUGUUUAUUUAUUUAAUUUUUUUUUGCUGCUGAUACGGCAUCA